CUACUCUAGGUAAAGUUUCUAUUAGCAAAGCUAACGCAGCGAGCGCCCCCUCAGCUUCUGUACUGAUGAAUUUCGCUGCUCGUUCUGGUGUUUCCGAGUUGUAGUCUGAGAGUUACUUCCAGUCGAGCUAAUUCUGAAGCUCUGGUAUAAUUAUUGGCAUUCCAGAUAGAGGAAAAAAUGAGCAAGAAUAAGAAGAACCCUCUUGUAUUUUUGGAUUUAUCAAUUGAUGGAGAUCCUGUGGAAAGAGUUGUCAUUGAGCUUUUUGCAGAUAUUGUUCCCAAAACAUCGGAAAACUUUCGGGCGCUCUGUACAGGUGAGAUGGGCAUUGGAAAAUCUACUGGGAAACCUCUGCACUACAAAGGAACGUUUUUCCACCGAAUAAUUAAAGGAUUCAUGGCCCAGGGUGGUGACUUUUCAAAAGGAAAUGGCACUGGUGGAGAAAGUGUUUAUGGAGGGAAAUUUACAGAUGAGAAUUUUAUAUUGAAGCAUGAUGGACCUGGUGUUCUUUCUAUGGCAAAUGGUGGUCCAAACACCAAUGGUUCCCAGUUCUUUAUCACCUUCAAUCACCAGCCUCAUCUUGAUGGAAAGCAUGUGGUUUUUGGAAAGUUUGUGAAGGGAGUGGAUGUUCUGAAGAAAAUUGAACAGGUGGGAACAGGUGAUGGGAAGCCUACACGGCCUGUAAAAAUUGUAGAUUGUGGUGAAACCUCUGAAAGUAAAAUGCAGGUUCCAGUCGAGAAAGCUACAGGGAAGAAGAAGAAAUUGGGAAAGCUUCCUGCUUCUGACGAUAGUUCUGAUGGACAAAUCAAAGGAAGACUCAAAAAAUCCAUGAAGGACAAAAGAAAGAAAAGGAAACGAAGAUAUUCCUCCUCUGAUUCAUACAGCUCAGAUUCUUUUACUUCAGAAUCAGAUUCAGAUUCAGAUACAGAUUCCUCCACAGAUGAUUCAUCCAAUGAUGGGAGACAUAGGAAGAGAAGGUCAGUGCGAAAACACAAGAGCAAAAGAAAGGAUGGGAGAAGGAGUAGGAAGAGAGGCGGACGUGGAAAGCGAUCAAAGCACAAGUCCAAAUGGAUCUCAGAGACUUCAAGUGACACAGAAUCUGAGAGCUCUAGCAGCACCUCUGAUGAUGACAAAUCUAAUCCUCGUGAAUCUGCUCGUAAAACCAACGGCUCAAGUCAUGCCAAAAUUAAGUCACCGCGGAGGAAUAUUGAUGCAGGGAGAAAAUCUCCAACCCGUCUUUUGGAAAAAGAAUCUGAUACAGGACGACUGAGUCAUCAUGAGCUCAAGAUUGUUGAGCACAACAGAUCACAUGAAGAAGGUGAAUUGUCUCCAAAAGAACAUGAGCGUCUAGGCAAUGGUCGUCGCAUGGAAUCUAAAUAUGAAUCAGCUGAUAAUCGGCAUUCCUACUCAGAUAUACCAGGAAAAUCCAGCAGAAGUGUGACUCCAAGCCCCAAGAGAAGGGCAGGCGACAACAGGAAUAGUUUAAGAUUGAGAUCUGAAAGAACUGACAGAAGUCCAGUAAUCAGAAGUGAAAGUAGAAGUCCUCCGAGGAAGCCUGCCAGGAUCAAUGGGGGAAAUUCUUCUAAGAGCACAUUGAGUAGUCCUCCCCGCAAAGCCCCAGAUAACCAUGGACAGAGAGUGUCACGAAGCCCUUCUCCUAGUGGUGCUGCGAAGCGCAUUAGAAAGGGACGUGGCUUCACUGAACAAUAUUCCUUUGCACGCAAGUAUCGCACCCCUUCUCCUGAGCAUUCACCUCGCAGGGCGUAUCAUUACGGUGGAAGAAUUGUGAAUGAAAGAAACCAUGAUAGGUAUUCAAGCUAUAGAAGUUACUCUGAGCGCUCACCACGUAGACGCUUUAGAAGCCCACUGAGGGGACGUAGCCCUUCCAGAUAUCGGAGCAGGACUCGUCGAAGUAGGAGCAUUUCUCGCACUCCUCGGGGUUAUCAUGGCCGCUACAGGGACCGCAGUCGGAGCCAUAGUCCAAUACGUAGUCGUAGUCCUGGGGAUAAGCGACCUGCUGUUAGUGAUGCAUUAAAAUCUCGUCUUGGUCUCAGAGUAGAUGAUCCUCGUUCAGAAAACAAAGAUAGGUCCAGAAGCCGUGGGUCCUCACGAUCUAGAUCCCCUGACUCCGUACCACCAAAGCGUAGUGGUAAGGCAGCUUCUGCAUCCUACAGCACAUCAAGAUCGAGCUCACCAUCUGGAAAGCGAGGUUUAGUCUCCUAUGGAGACAUCUCUCCCGAUGUUGGAACUGGGUAGCUUCCUUGUGGCUGUCGCUCAUUUUGAGGAAAAAAGCAUGCCGAGUUUUCCAUGACUCACUCAGAUUAUAUUUACUCGCACAUCUUUAUGCAAUCCAUUUGCCUUGAUGUCCCUGUCUGUAAGCUGCUUAGCUUGGCCUGAUAUAUUACUUCUUUUGCAUUUCUGCUGACUGAAUAACUUGUUUUUAGACACUUCGUUUUUGUAAGCUUUUGGUUCUUGUCUCUGGAGACCUCUGUUCCUUUUGAAGAUUGUUGGACCCUUCGUUGCGGAGGACUUUUUUUAGGUACAAAUCUCCCUUUUUU